AUGGAUGUCGACCACGCACCAAAUAUUCCUGAUGUUGACCAGGAGCUUGAUGGGGCUGGAGUUGGAGACUGGGAUGGGGUAUUUCAGGGUAGAAGUGAUGAGGGUGAUGAUCAAGUCCACAAGGAGGUGACACCGACUGACUCAGACUUCAUCGACUGGCAUCCCAAACCCCCUCAAACAUAUGGCAGGGGUCACACUUUCCUCGACUCGUUUCGUUCUGAUGCAAACAACACGUAUCGCAAAGAAAAUCACUAUUACCCGUUUAGCGGCCGGAAAGAUUGGGAGGUUGCAUUGUGGGUGUAUGCUACUGCGCAGCGACUGUGCCGCAUAUACUCUGAAUGGAUGACUGGUGAUGACGCCUGGAACAUGCAGUCAGCCCUCCCGAGAGGUGCAACGCUCCUUGGGACAAUUUUGUCAUCUGACAAGACCAAUAUCUCUAUGAUGACCGGUGACAGAGUCGCACAUCCCCUCCUCAUCAGCCUCGCCAAUAUACACAUGUCUACACGACUUAAAUCGUCAUCUAACGCCUUCGUUCUUACUGCCCUCCUCCCUGUGCCGAAGUUUAUUCACAAAAAAAAACGUAUGCGAGGCGUACUCAAGGAUCGGCUAAUCCAUGAAUGCUUGAACAUCGUGCUACGUCCCCUCAAACAGGCCGCUCGUGAAGGAGUUAUGUUAUCCGAUCCUAUCGGGCACAGUCAAUACUGCUUCACACCGCUCGUAAGCUAUAUUGUUGACACUCCGGAGGCCAUGAUGCUGGCUACUGUCGGGGGAAAAACCUCCCCAGUCACUAUGGCAAUGUACAAACAGUUUGGAGACCCUUUCCGCCACGAGCCUCGCACAAAAUCAACUACACUUGCCCAGCUGCGCAUCGCCCGAGUAAGGGCUGAUCCAGACGAUAUCGAAGCAUUCUUUCGUGAAGCUCAGAAGUUUCGUUUGAAUGGUGUAUCCGACCCUUUCUUUGCGGACUGGAUCCUUUCUGAACCAUCCCAUUUUCUCACUCCCGAAACUCUCCACCACAUUCAUCGGGAGUUUUAUGAUCACGAUGUGAAAUGGCUCGUUUGUGCAGUCGGGGACGUAGAGCUUGAUUUUCGCUUUUCUGUGUUGCAGCCCAUCAUGGGGUUUCGCCAUUUUCACGGGGGCAUUUCGAAGCUCAAACAGGUCACAGGACGCACUCAGCAUGAUAUCCAGCGCUCAAUCAUUGCAGUUAGUGCAGAUGCGGCACCUAGUGCCGUGAUCACUGCCAUCCGAGCUUUGAUGGACUUUCGCUAUCUCGUGCAGUCACUUCGGAUUGACGACAAUGUUCUUGGACGCAUCUCUGCAGCACUCGAUGAAUUUCACGCCAACAAACACGCAAUCAUAGCUGGUGGAUUUCGUCGCGGUCAGCGUAAUAGAGUCAUCGAUAACUGGUUUAUCCCGAAGAUUGAGCUUAUGCAGAGUAUAGUUCCAAGUAUUCGAAACAGUGGAGUUAUCAUGCAAUGGACCGCUGACACUACAGAACACGCACACAUCACCGAAAUCAAAGAUCCCGCACGCUCGAGCAACAAUAACAAUUACGAUUCACAAAUCUAUCAUGGUGAUUCUGAUUCUGAUGAUGUCAACUUCGAUGUCGACAAUGAUGACGAUGAUGACAUCCCAGCAGAACUUCUUGCGACCAUCACAUCUCCUGGCCAUUCACGCCCCAUCACCAAUCACUUUGCAAUUGCGAAGCUCCUCCAGGACAGGGAGGUGGGGACGGUUCCUGUGCCAUUGUGCUCAUUCUCUGUCGGACGUACAUCAUUUCAUCUUGCCCAUGUCCCAUCCAUUAGAUCCAUUUCUGUUGACGACACAGCUCUCAAGUUUGAUGUUCCAGACCUGCGACCAGCCAUUGCUGACUUUCUUGGUCGCGAAGCUGCUCAUGGGCAGGAUUAUGUUCAUACUAUUGGGGGGGCUAGGAGAGCUAAACCCACCGCUUCACUUCCAUUCGAAAAGCUCCAGGUCUGGUUCAAGCUUCAAUUGCAGGAUACGGAUCUUCAUGAUAUCAGUGUCGUGCGGCCUGCUCAGACCCUGAAUUGUUCACCACCUUCUGGUGUCUGGACUUGCGGCCGGUAUGAUCCAGUCAUUGUAAACGACAAUGCGAGAUGCUCAUGGCCUGCCGAUGGUCUUCAUGGGCACACCGUUGGUGAAAUUAGGCUGAUUCUGCGUCCUGUUGGAAAAGCUGGCACAUAUUGGUCAUGGAAGGACCGCUUCCUCACCUAUGUGGAAGUAAUCGUGAACUGA